AUGGUGCGCAUCGGAUUGGUGUGCGUGGAUAAGCGGGAGCGGACCUUGGUGCAUGUGGUGACGCCCCUGCAUAUCGUGCCCUUCAGAUGUGAACUUCUUGGCUCUUGGCAGACGGUGACGGUGAAGGAAGACCUGAUCAUGCAGCAGAACCCACCAAAGUUCGACAAGAUUGAGGACAUGGCGAUGCUCACGUUCCUGCAUGAACCGGCCGUCCUCUACAACCUCAAGGAACGUUAUGCGGCCUGGAUGAUCUAUACCUACUCCGGGCUCUUCUGUGUGACCGUGAACCCCUACAAGUGGCUGCCGGUCUACAAUGCAGAGGUGGUAGGUGCCUAUCGGGGCAAGAAACGAAGUGAAGCCCCUCCUCAUAUCUUCUCCAUCUCUGACAAUGCGUAUCAAUAUAUGCUGACAGAUCGGGAGAACCAGUCCAUCCUGAUCACCGGAGAAUCCGGUGCCGGGAAGACGGUGAACACCAAGCGGGUCAUCCAGUAUUUUGCGGUGAUCGCCGCCAUCGGCGACCGGAGCAAAAAAGAGCAGGCCGCUACAGGCAAGGGGACUCUGGAAGAUCAAAUCAUCCAGGCCAACCCUGCUCUGGAGGCCUUCGGCAACGCCAAGACCUUGCGGAAUGACAACUCAUCCCGAUUUGGUAAAUUCAUCCGGAUCCAUUUUGGGGCCACGGGGAAGCUGGCUUCGGCGGACAUAGAAACUUACCUUCUUGAAAAAUCCCGGGUCAUCUUUCAGCUCAAAUCUGAGAGGAACUACCACAUCUUCUACCAGAUCCUGUCCAACAAGAAGCCGGAACUUCUAGACAUAAUGCUGGUCACCAACAACCCAUACGACUACGCCUUCAUCUCCCAAGGAGAGACCACAGUGCCAUCUAUUGACGACGCCGAGGAACUGUUAGCAACUGAUAGUGCCUUCGACGUCUUGGGCUUCACCCAGGAGGAGAAGAACUCCAUCUACAAGCUGACCGGGGCCAUCAUGCACUACGGGAAUAUGAAAUUCAAGCAGAAGCAGCGUGAAGAGCAGGCGGAGCCUGACGGCACCGAAGAAGCAGACAAGUCGGCCUACCUGAUGGGGCUGAACUCCGCGGACCUGCUGAAGGGCCUCUGCCACCCGAGGGUGAAAGUGGGCAACGAGUAUGUCACCAAAGGGCAAAAUGUCCAACAGGUGUCCUAUGCUGUCGGUGCUCUGGCUAAGUCCGUGUAUGAGAAAAUGUUCACCUGGAUGGUCCUCAGGAUCAACUCCACCCUGGAAACCAAGCUGCCACGGCAGUACUUCAUUGGGGUGCUCGACAUUGCUGGUUUCGAGAUCUUCGAUUUUAACAGCUUCGAGCAGCUCUGCAUCAACUUCACCAACGAGAAGCUGCAGCAGUUCUUCAACCACCACAUGUUCGUGCUGGAGCAGGAGGAGUACAAGAAGGAGGGCAUCGAGUGGGAGUUCAUCGACUUCGGCAUGGACCUCCAGGCCUGCAUCGACCUCAUCGAGAAGCCGAUGGGCAUUAUGUCCAUCCUGGAGGAAGAAUGCAUGUUCCCCAAAGCCAGCGACGUGACCUUCAAGGCCAAGCUCUUUGACAACCACCUGGGCAAGUCGGCCAACUUCGCGAAGCCUCGCAACAUCAAGGGCAAGCCGGAAGCUCACUUCGCCCUCAUGCACUACGCCGGCACCGUCGACUACAACAUCAAUGGCUGGCUGAACAAGAACAAGGACCCGCUCAACGAGACGGUGGUGGGGCUCUACCAGAAGUCGGCCCUCAAGCUCCUGGCGGUCCUUUUCGCCAACUACGCCGGGGCAGAUGCACCUGUUGAGAAAGGCAAAGGGACCAAGAAGAAGGGCUCCUCUUUCCAGACGGUGUCUGCUUUGCACAGGGAGAACCUCAACAAGCUGAUGACCAACCUGCGCUCCACCCACCCGCACUUCGUGCGGUGCAUCAUCCCCAACGAGACAAAGUCUCCAGGGAUGAUAGACAAUUCUCUGGUCAUGCACCAGCUGCGCUGUAACGGAGUGCUGGAGGGGAUCCGGAUCUGCCGGAAGGGGUUCCCCAACCGAAUCCUCUACGGGGACUUCAGGCAAAGGUAUCGUAUCCUGAAUCCGGCCGCUAUCCCGGAGGGUCAGUUCAUCGAUAGCAGGAAGGGAGCCGAGAAGCUGCUUGGCUCUCUGGACAUCGACCACAAUCAGUACAAAUUUGGACACACCAAGGUGUUCUUCAAGGCUGGUCUUCUGGGCCUGCUCGAAGAGAUGAGGGACGAACGCCUCUCCCGCAUCAUCACCCGCAUCCAAGCCCAGUCCCGCGGUGUCCUCUCUAGGAUAGAGUUCAGGAAGAUCAUGGAACGGAAGGAAUCUCUGCUGGUGAUCCAGUACAACAUCCGAGCCUUCAUGGUAGUGAAGAACUGGCCAUGGAUGAGGCUAUUCUUCAAGAUCAAGCCACUGCUGAAGAGUGCGGAGACGGAGAAGGAGUUGGCGGCCCUGAAGGAAGAGCUCGCGAGGCUGAAGGAAGCUCUGGAGAAGACAGAGGGUCGUCGCAAAGAGCUGGAGGAGAAGAUGGUCUCCCUGCUGCAGGAGAAGAAUGACCUACAGCUGCAAGUCCAGGCGGAGCAAGACAAUCUUGCAGAUGCCGAAGAACGCUGCGACCAGCUGAUCAAAAACAAGAUCCAGUUGGAGGCCAAGGUGAAGGAACAGACCGAGCGUCUGGAGGACGAAGAGGAGAUGAAUGCUGAGCUGACAGCCAAGAAGCGGAAACUUGAAGAUGAGUGCUCGGAGCUCAAGAAGGAUAUCGAUGACUUGGAGUUGACUCUAGCCAAGGUGGAGAAAGAGAAGCACGCAACGGAGAACAAGGUUAAGAACCUCACAGAGGAAAUGGCUGGCCUGGAUGAGAUCAUCGUCAAGCUAACCAAGGAAAAGAAGGCCCUCCAGGAAGCCCACCAACAAGCCCUGGAUGACCUACAGGCAGAAGAGGACAAGGUCAACGUCCUAACGAAAGCCAAGGCCAAGCUGGAGCAACAGGUCGACGAUCUGGAAGGCUCGCUGGAGCAGGAGAAGAAGAUCCGGAUGGACCUGGAACGGGCAAAGAGGAAGCUGGAAGGUGACUUGAAGCUGACGCAAGAGAGCAUCAUGGAUUUAGAGAAUGACAAACAGCAGCUGGACGAGAAGUUGAAAAAGAAAGACUUUGAGCUCAAUGCACUGAAUGCAAGAAUUGAAGACGAGCAGGCCUUGGGCAUCCAGCUGCAGAAGAAGCUCAAAGAGCUGCAGGCACGGAUCGAGGAGCUGGAAGAAGAGCUGGAGGCCGAGCGCACGGCCCGGGCCAAGGUGGAGAAGCAGCGGUCCGACCUCUCCCGGGAGCUGGAGGAGAUCAGCGAGCGGCUGGAGGAGGCGGGUGGCGCCACCUCGGUGCAGAUUGAGAUGAACAAGAAGCGAGAAGCCGAGUUCCAGAAGAUGCGUCGCGACCUAGAAGAGGCCACGCUGCAGCACGAGGCCACGGCGGCGACCCUGCGCAAGAAGCACGCCGACUCGGUGGCAGAGCUGGGCGAGCAGAUCGACAACCUGCAGCGGGUGAAGCAGAAGCUGGAGAAGGAGAAGAGCGAGUUCAAGCUGGAGCUGGACGACGUCACCUCCAACAUGGAGCAACUCAUGAAAGCCAAGGCCAACCUGGAGAAGAUGUGCCGCACGUUUGAAGACCAAAUGAACGAACACCGGACCAAGUCUGAAGAGACUCAACGGAUGGUUAAUGACCUCACCACGCAGCGGGCCAAGCUACAGACAGAGAAUGGGGAACUGUCCCGCCAGCUGGAUGAAAAGGACGCUUUGAUAAACCAGCUCACACGAGGGAAGCUGACCUAUACCCAACAACUGGAAGAUCUAAAGAGGCAACUGGAGGAAGAGGCGAAGGCCAAGAAUGCUCUGGCGCACGCUCUCCAGUCGGCCCGCCACGACUGCGACCUGUUGCGGGAGCAGUACGAGGAGGAGAUGGAGGCCAAGGCAGAGCUUCAACGAUCGCUCUCCAAGGCCAACUCCGAGGUGGCUCAGUGGAGGACCAAGUACGAGACGGACGCCAUCCAGAGGACGGAGGAACUGGAGGAGGCCAAGAAGAAGCUGGCGCAGCGGCUGCAGGACGCCGAGGAGGCCGUGGAGGCUGUGAACGCCAAGUGCUCCUCCCUGGAGAAGACCAAACACCGCCUGCAGAACGAGAUCGACGACCUCAUGGUGGACGUGGAGCGCUCGAAUGCGGCCGCGGCCGCCCUGGACAAGAAGCAGAGGAACUUUGACAAACUCCUGUCCGAGUGGAAGCAGAAGUUUCAGGAGUCCCAGACGGAGCUCGAGUCCUCACAGAAGGAGGCCCGUUCGCUCAGCACCGAGCUCUUCAAGCUGAAGAACGCCUACGAGGAGUCGCUGGAGCACCUGGAGACCUUCAAGAGGGAGAACAAGAACCUGCAGGAGGAGAUCUCCGAUCUUACCGAGCAGCUUGGAGCCAGCGGCAAGAGCAUUCAUGAGCUCGAGAAGAUUCGGAAGCAGCUGGAGGCGGAGAAGAUGGAGCUGCAGGCGGCCCUUGAGGAGGCUGAGGCCUCUCUGGAGCACGAGGAAGGCAAGAUCCUCCGGGCCCAGCUGGAGUUCAACCAGAUCAAGGCCGACAUCGAGGAGGAGCAGGCCAACUCCAACCUGGCCAAGUUCCGGAAGGUUCAGCACGAGCUGGACGAGGCCGAGGAGAGGGCCGACAUCGCUGAGUCCCAGGUCAACAAGCUGAGGGUCAAGAGCCGCGAUAUCGGGGCAAAGGGAGCCGCCACCACCACCAUCGCCAUCAUCAUUACCUACAUCACUAUUAAAGAUAUGCCCGACUCCACCAUUACAGCCUGUGCCAGUCGUAUACGUUCGGCAAAGAUCGAGAACCAAAGAAUAAAGUAA